GGCGGGCGAAAAGAGCCCGGAACCCUGCUUCCUGCCUCGCGUUUCCCUCCGGUGGGGUCGGAGCGCUGCAGUGGGCGCGCCAGCACCGCGGCCGUCGGACUCGGGUCACUAUGGCAACGCGGCGGGGCCGGAGGCUGCGGCGGACGGUCGUUCCGGGUGAGCCGCGGACUUGGGCGCCUCGCGUGGGAGAGAAGCGCCACUCCGCGACGGAUUGGAGAUAAGAGAGCAGAGGAAGCUGCUCGAGUGCGGCGGGGGGAGCGCCCCCCGAGCGGAGCCGUGUGCGCGACGGGCGGGCCGCCGGCUCUCGGAAGCUUCUGGGCUCCGGUCCUCGCUCAGCUCCUUCGCUGCCUCGUUUUCUCAUCUGCAAAGUGGGAGAGCGCUUCGCGAGCCUGUUCAAAGGACCUGGCUCUCGUCGCCGCCCCGAUGCUGCCGCCGCCCUCGGAGCAGGCCCUGGGCCAGCUGCUGGCUCGCAAGGAGGAGGAGUGGAGGGCGCUGCGGGCCCACCGCUGCCAGCUGCAGGAGGCCGCGCUGCAGGACGCGCACAGCCAGCUGCACGAGGCGCAGGGGGCGCUGCGGCGCCUGCGGGAGGACUUCGUCUACAACCUGCAGGUGCUGGACGAGCGGGACCGCGAGCUGGAGCGCUACGACACGGCCUUCGCCCAGGCCCGGGCCCGGGAGGAGGCGCGGCAGGCGGAGGUGAGCGAGCUGAGGGUGGAGGCGGCCCGGCUGAGGCGGGCGCUGGCCAGCGAGGCCCGGCGGCUGGACGACCUGCAGCGGCGGCACCAGCUGAACUUGGAGGAGCACCGGCUGGAGCUGGAGCGCGCGCACAGUGAGAAGAACGGUGAGAUCGACCAGCAGCGGGAGCAGUAUGAAAACCUGAAAUGGAGGCUGGAGAGGAAGCUCGAGGAGCUGGAUGGUGAACUUGCUCUGCAGAGGCAGGAGCUGCUGCUGGAGCUCGAGUCCGAGAUGCAGAAGAGGGAGCACGAGUUCCGCCUGCAGGCUGACCGCAUGAGCAACGAGGUCCUGACACACGAGCUCAAGGUCAAACUGUUGGACAAGGAACUCGCGGCUCUGAAGGAAGCUGCAGCACGGGCCGCGGAGUCGCUGCGGAGCGCCGAGGCCGUGAACUCGGAGCUGCGGGACCAGCUGCAGCGCGGCGGGCAAGAGCUCAGGGACCUGGCGGCGGCCAAGGACGCACGGAUCAAGGACUUAGAAGGCCAACUUCACUCGGAGCAGCAGGCCAGGAAGAAGGAGGAGGAGGCGUUCAGGAGGAAGCACGAGGCGCUGGACCACCUGGCCAGGGAGAAGGACGCAGCGCUGGUGGCUGUGAAGGGUGCCCACGCGGAGCAGCUGCAGGCGCUGGAGGCCAGGGCGCUGGAGUUGCAGGCCCACGGCGACAGCCUCGAGCUGCAGCUCCGCGGGGCAGAGCGGAGGCAGGCCGAGGCCUUGAAGGAGAAGGACGCCGCCAUGGGCAAACUUCGUGAAGAGGCGUCGGCUCUAAAAUCGGGCUGGGAUGCCCAGGUCGCCCAGCUGUCCAAGGACCUGAUCUCCAAGGACCUUCGGAUUCAGGCGCUGCAGGAAGAGGCAGUGGAGCUCGAGGCACAGCGGGCCAGGUGCCAGCAGGACGUCGGAAGGUAUAAGCAGCAGCUGCUGGCGGCGGCGGAGCGGGAGCAGUGCCUGCAACGCGAGAAGGUGCAGCUGGAGCUGGACUGGCGACACCGCUGUGACAGUCGCGAGAGGGACCACUACCGCGCGUCUGAGGACUUGCUGCAGGCUCUGACUGCCGCGCGGGACCAGGUUGCUGCCAAGCUCCAGGAGACAGAGCGGACGCUGUGUGACCAGGAGGUGGUGCUGAAGGCCUUGACCCUUGAGAGAGACCAGGCCGUGCAGGCGUUGAGGACACGCGGGCUUCUUCCUGAGAAGGAGGUGCUCCUAAGGCUUCGUGAAGAAGAAGUAAGUGAAAGUUUUCCAUCUAGUGAGAUCCAGAGGCUCCAGGAGCAAAACGCAAGCCUACGACGCGCUGUUGCGGAGAUGAGGGAGGAAAUGGAGACCCUGAACGACCAGGUUCUUCCUCCUGAGCAGUCAGGGGGUCAGCCCUCUGACCCCGCACAGCCCCUUCCAAAGGCAGCAGCUGAGGCCGUGGCUCCUGAUUACAUCAUGGUCCUCGAAACAGAAAUCAGAAAUCUGAAGCAUAAAUUUAAAACCCUGGAAGGACAGGUAGAAGAUGUGUUAGAUCCUUCGAAGAUGUCCUCAUCUCACUCUGACGUUCAAGCCAACGUCCACAUCUUGGCCAAAGUGCCUGGAGGAGCCGUGCCGGCCGAUGGCACACCCAUGGGUCUAGCGCUCGGGAGGCUCAGAAACAGGGCACAUCUCCUGAACUUCCUGGUGGCCCGGCUCAGGCAGAAGGUGCUGCAGAAACCCCUGGGCGCGGACACGGUCCAGCACGAGCUGCCCCACGAGGUGGGCCAAGUGCACCUGGAGGCUUUGGAGCUGCGGAAGCAGGUGGCUGAGCUCGAGGAGCAUAUCGGGAGCCACUGGCGGUUACGAGCCUUGGACCAGGUGGCCCUUGCGAGGCAGGUCCCUGCAGACCAAGGACCCAUGGGGACCAAAGACCAGAAGCCACAGCCCCCGCAGGUGUCGUCUGUGCCCCGACUCCAGAGGAAACUGAAGGAGGCGGCCCGAGAAAUCGUCCGCCUCCGCCUGGAGAAGGAGCAGCUCCUGGAGACGGGAAACAGGCUCCGAGCGGAGCUGGGCCGCGGCCCAGGGAAACCACCUCAUCAACCCCUGCCCACUCCUGAGGCCUGGAACCAGAGUGAAGCACCUUUGGGGCAGGUGAAGCCCCCCUCUGCAGCUCAGGGCUCUGAGAGCGCCGAGACAGAACGUUCCUCUGGACACCCCGGGGAGGCCCGGCCCCACCUGGCCCAGAGCGUCAGCAGAAGGUCCGGUCCGCCAGGCUGCACAGCAGGAGCUGAGGCCGGGUCGGGGCAGAGGCAACACGGGAUCUCCAGGGCGACUUACAGAUCAGCUCGGCAGAAGGAAAGCCGGUCCCCAAAGCCACACCCGGCUCGAGAAUCCCGUGAGGAAAAGAGCCACCACACCCGAAGCUCCUCAUCACCAGCCAGUGGUCCCCUCCAGGACACGUGGAAGUUACUGGACCUGGGAUCCAGCCCCUCCGGCCUCACGUCCCAGGACGACUCUGUGCCAGAGCUCACAGCACCUCCAGCAGCCGACAGCCUCAGACACCCUGACGGGAGCCCCGUGGGCACACAGGCUGCCCUUGCCAUCGAAGGGGUGAAGACAGAAGCCCAGGCCAAGGCCAGGCCCUCCAGAACUGCCAGGGCUCACCCUGCAAAAGCUAAAUGCUGCCAGAGGCCCCCCAAGAUCCGUAACUACAACUUAAAGGACUGAGUUCCCCUGUCGGAGCUUGGGUCCCCAAGCUUCGAUCACGCGGCAGGGGUGCGUGUGCGCAAGCACCCAUGUGUGCACGAGCGCGGGGUGCAGGCAGAGAGCUUCGGAGCAGGCUCCCCAGAGCCACCGAGGUGCCCCACUGACCAGCCUGGAGCCAUUAAAGUCCGUGCCUCCCGUG